AUGAAGAUAUUUUUUCUAAUCAAUUUGUUCCUCCAAACUUCUAUUGUUCAUCCAACUCAUUUCUUUGGCGGAACAAUCACAUCUCGUCCUUACAAUAAUUCCCAAACAACUGGUCCAGUUUCCAUCAUAGUACGUGAACGUUUAUCAUGGCUUCGUAGUCGUUAUUUUCCUUUUUGUUCUCCUGCCACAAUCUCUGCUCAAAAUCCAAUGAUUGGUGAUUACAUGGUUGUAGGUUGUUUGUCAGGUACUUGUGGAUCUCAUUGGACAGGUAGCUCCAUGAAUACAUACACAUGGUGUACUGAUUAUAGUAUUCCUCUUGAUACUGCUUCGGGAGAAUAUUAUAAUACAUUUUCAAUUCCAAUUAAUGUUGCCUUUAGUAUUGGUUAUGCUUCAUGUUGUUGGCUUGAUCAAUUAGGUGCUGGAUGGGCAAGUUUAGGAUGGAGUGUUGUUGGUCGAAUAAAUACAUUUGUUCGACCCGAUGGAUAUUUGAAUACCAGUCCUGUUGCUGUUACACUUCCCAUAAUCUAUAAAGAAACAAAUAUUCAACAUGUUCAUGUUGUUCAAAUGUCUGAUUUCGAUGGAACAGAUAUAUUAAUAUGUCGAUGGUCUAAAUCAUCGACUAAUAUCAACUCAUAUGAUGAAUGUGAUGGAAUAUGCAAUGGUCUUGCUGGUGGUGUUAAUGCCAAUCUUAUUGGUGCCAAUUGCACACUGACAUUUACUCUGACAACAGCUAAUUGGUAUUAUGGGGUUGCAUUACAAAUUGAAGAUUUUUUCAAUAAUGCAGCGUUUUUAGCAAAUACCCCAAUGACCUCGGUUCCUUUACAAUUUCUAUUCUACGGCUACGGAAAACCUGGUGGUUGUGCAACUCCGCCAGAAAUUAUUGGCGACCGACCAAAUCGAGCUUGCAUCGGUGUCAUGCCUAACGAUAAUAUCACUGAACGUGUCGUUGUCCAGGUAAACUGUCCUGGAAAGAGUAUCGUUGAUUUUAUUUCAACCGUCCCUCGUGGUAUGGACAAAAGUAGUAUUUUAAACAUAAGCACUGGUGUUUAUGGGCUCAUCCUUACUUGGAUUCCUCGAGCUGACCAGUAUGGUCCUCAAGGUGUUUGUAUGGCAGCAAUCGAUAAUACAAAACUUCAAUCAAAUCAAUGGUGUAUCACAUUCUUGGUUGGCUUUAAAUCGCCUGAUGUCAUUCGGCCAACAUUAGUUCAAGGUUCGGCUUCACCUGUGGGAACUGUUUUUCAAAAUCAAACGACUUUCUCCAUCCAAACUUCAAAGUUUGUCAAUCGUCCAACACGAAAUGGAACUUUUAUUUAUUUUCGAAAUGCUUCUGGUGGUGGCUCACUUGUUCAAAAGUACGAUUGCGGAUGGGAACCAGAAGUCACAUACACAGGAUAUACCAUUGUUAUUCGAUUUCCAGUUGCUCCAUGGACUCCUGGACAUUUCUUCUAUGUUACUAUGGAUAGUGGUGUUGCAAGUGGAACAGAAUUUUGUGGUCCGGAAUCUGCGCCCAUGUAUGAUCCAACGUUUUGGGUAUUUAAUAUUUGGAACCCAGCAGUUUCAUCGACAACAACAACGACGACGACACCAUUUACAACUGUAACGGUUACAACAAAACCAACAUCAACAACAAGUAUCAAUACUCUUCUAACAACAACUGGAAUUGUUAUAACAACAACAACUCCUAUGACAACGAAUGCGACCACUGCAAGUACUUCACCGCCAACUACAGCUGCUCCUACAACAGGAGGUCCAACAACAACUGGUGUAACAACUGAAUCGACCGUUGCUGUUAUCUAUCCAAAGGAUCUAGAAGACAUUUGUAAAGCGUCGAUAGCAACCAUGACUGCUGUAACCAUGAAAUUUUGGUCAGCAACUUGGAUAACAACACCGUCAAUCUAUUUCUUGAAUGUGGACGAUUUUAAUUUUGCAGAUCCAUAUUCACCCAUGGUUGCCGAUUUCGACAAUGAUGGCCGACUAGAUUUUCUCGUUUCUCAUCGAGGUAAUAAUACAAUAAAUGUAUACAUUGGUUCUGGUAAGGACGAUUUUUCUGUCCAAACAAUAUUUAGGAAUGAUACUGAUCCAACCUUUUCAAGUACGAUUGCUGUUGGAGAUUUCAAUCGUGAUAGUACACUUGAUCUUGCAAUCUGUAAUGGCUUUCAUGAAACUAUUAAUAUUCUUUUAUAUAAAUGUCAGUAG